ACUCCACAUCCACACACACAUUAAAAUCACUCACUACAAGGCUUGCAUUUGCCAAGUAUACUUUGAAAGCAGCCUCUAGUUCCUUCUCAGUUCUCACUGUCUCUCCUGAAAGGUUUGUAGAGGGAAAAGUAAAGAGAGAUGGCAGCUGCUGCAACAUCUGGUGCUGUGUUAAAUGGCCUAGGAUCUUCCUUCUUGUGUGGAGGAAAUAGGAGCCAAACCUUGCUGGCUUCUGCUGCUGGAGCCAAAGCUGGUGCUGCUGUUAGUCCUAAAAGACUUAUUGUAGCUGCUGCUGCUGCUGCACCAAAGAAGUCAUGGAUCCCUGCUGUUAAAGGUGGUGGGAAUCUCGUCGACCCAGAAUGGCUUGAUGGAUCGCUACCUGGUGACUUUGGUUUUGACCCACUAGGCCUAGGAAAGGACCCAGCGUUCCUCAAAUGGUACAGAGAAGCUGAGCUCAUUCAUGGAAGGUGGGCAAUGGCUGCAGUUUUGGGCAUCUUUGUUGGCCAAGCAUGGAGUGGAGUUCCAUGGUUUGAGGCUGGAGCUGACCCCAAUGCAAUUGCUCCUUUCUCCUUUGGUUCUCUUCUGGGCACCCAGUUGAUUCUCAUGGGGUGGGUAGAGAGCAAGAGAUGGGUGGACUUCUUCAACCCAGAUUCUCAGUCGGUGGAAUGGGCCACUCCAUGGUCUAAGACUGCUGAGAAUUUCGCCAAUUACACCGGUGAUCAAGGCUACCCAGGUGGCAAAUUCUUCGAUCCAUUGGCCUUAGCUGGCACUCUCCAAGAUGGAGUUUACAUUCCAGACAAGGAGAAGCUGGAAAGAUUGAAACUUGCUGAGAUCAAGCAUGCCAGGCUUGCAAUGUUGGCCAUGCUGAUUUUCUACUUUGAGGCUGGACAAGGGAAGACCCCCCUUGGUGCUCUAGGCUUGUAAACAAAACAAUUCAUGUAGAUAAUUGAAUUUGAGUUGCUAGACAAUGAAAAUGAACCUUAGUUCUGUGUUACCCCAUGAAAAUUCCAAUUCUAUGCUUUGAUAUUGUAUGUGAA